AUGGACGACUUUGACAUUGGCGGCUGCUUUGAAACGGGGGACUUAGACUUAGAGGACUGCGGCUCCGCAUCUGUCAAAUUGACCCAUGUGACACAGCCUCGCUUGUGGAAGAACGGGUUCAAGUCAUCAAUGCAAUGCUUGGCAGCAUUUGUGGCAUUGCCAAUGAAAUGCUCCUCCUUGGCUUUCCCCUGCACCAAACGGCCGUCGCUGGUGCGUUCACCGACCAAGAUGCAAUCCGAAAUGGAAACGGAACCAAAGAGCUUUCCGGCCGUUCGCCGGCACAGCUUGCGCGCCUUGGAGUAUCUUCUGAAACGUGAGGCCUCAGACUUGGAUGAAGCUUGCCUCGGUUGUCGGCCACUGCAUGUGGCGACACAGGUCUGUAUGUUCAACGGCGAUGUGGGGUACUGCAUGAUGGAGCUUCUUUUGCAACAUGGGGCGAGGCCCAACCGCGUUGUGGGUGAUGACCCGGAGAUGGACCCGCCGUUGCAUGAAGCCACGAAACGAGGUUCAGUGCCUGCAGUCUCGCUGCUGCUCAAUGCCAGGGCCAGUCCUGAUGAAGUCAAUGGCCAUGGAGACUCCCCGCUGCACCUGGCUUGCAGGCAGACGCCAUUCCAGGGCAGUGACACGCAGAGUGAGGUCGUGUCUUUGCUGCUUCGUCAUGGUGCGAAGCCGCUGGCCUUGGAUUCUCUCGGUCGGCCCCCGAAACGCUAUGCGCUUGAUCCAGUGCUCGUGGGGAAGCUGACCGAGGCUGAGAGUCGCUGGUGCAGAGGGGAAGCUCUCUUGGCAUGGCGCUCGUGGAGGCAUGCCACCAACAUCUUGCCGGAGCUCUUCGAAAAAAUCGUGAGCUUUUUGUGA